UAAAAAGCUGCGAUCUGCGCACAGUUGUAGCCUUGGACCUGCUAGCUAGGCUGUCCAUGUAAACAACACUGAAGAAUGUGAAGUUUUCUUUAAGUGGCGUUGUCUUUUUUUUCCUCACAAUGGCUCAGCCGGCAGAGAAAGCGUAUUACCGCUUUGUGGUGCUCUUCUUCAACUGUCUACUGACUUUCGGCUCCUACUUCUGCUUCGACAUCCCCAGUGUUUUACAGGAUCAGUUCCAAGGGAACCUGACAUGUCCCAAUGCGACAGUGAUCAAUGGGACAGUGGACUGUGUGGAGGGGUUGGGGAUGAACCCUCAGCAGUACAAUCUUCUUUACGCCAUCUAUGCUUGGACGAAUGCAGUAGUCGUGAUCAUGGCUGGGUUCCUGAUUGACAAAUUAGGAAACCGCUUUGGAGUAUUUCUGUUUUCUCUGCUGUGUGUUUUGGGGUCGGCUCUCUUUGCACUCGGCUCCCACUUCAAAGGAACUCCCUACCUGCUGCCGCUCAUGCUAACAGGCCGACUGCUGUUCGGAUCAGGCAAUGGAUCUCUGACCAUCGUUCAGAACCGCAUCACAGCCUUCUGGUUCAAAGGGAAGGAGCUGGCCUUGGCUUUCGGUCUGACCCUGGCUUUCUCACGCCUGGGGUCAGUCCUGAACUUCUUCCUCACCCAGAAGUUUGAAGAAAAAUAUGGCAUGCAGUGGACGCUCUGGGGUGGUGCACUGCUGUGUGUGCUGGGCUUUGUAUCUGCUGUUAUAGUCAGCGCUCUGGACAAGAUCGGUAUGAGGCAGCUGGGUCUUGAUGGCACCAUCCAAGAGGAGUCCCGCAAAGUGAGGAUUCAGGAUGUAAAGCUCCUGUCGCUAAGAUACUGGCUGCUGGUUCUCACCAUCAUGUUCUUCUACAACGGCAUCUUCCCGUUCAUCGCAGAUGCCAGUAAAUUCAUUCAGGAUAAAUACAGCGACUACAGUCAGAAGGAGGCGGCCUACAUCGCCGGGGCGGUUUAUGACAGCUCGCUGGUUCUCUCAGCCAGCGUGGGCAUUCUCAUCGAUUAUGUGGGUCUGCGGGGCAUUUUUGCAGUGGCCUGUGCUGUCCUCACGCUGCCUGUGUUUGGACUCCUGGCCUUCACCUUCGUCCCUCCUCUUGUCUCCACCAUAUGGCUGGGAGUCACCUACUCCUUUGCUGCUGCAAGCAUGUGGCCAUCUAUUCCCCUCGUGGUGCCUCAGGCGACUCUGGGAACAGCCAUGGGUCUGGCCACCUCCGUACAGAUGAUUGGGAUUGGGGUGUCUAAUCUGGUCGUCGGGCAGAUUUUGGGCACCAAGUCUAGUGAGACUAAAAUCCCGUUAUGGCGUUGGCAGAGGAUGAUGAUCUUCAUGUUGGCCAACACCAUCAGCUGCAUCAUCACCUCAGUGCUGCUCAACGUUGUCGACCACAGACAGGGCGGGACCCUGAACAAGACAACCAAGAGGUCGGGGCAGGCUGAGAGAGACUCCGACAGAGAGCCGCUCAACCAGGCAGAGGAAGAGCAGAAUGAGGAUGAGGAGGACGAGGCGGUCAGAUCUCGCUCUAUCAACUCCUAACUUUUAUUCACAUUUUACUCAGUUUUGGACCUUUCUCUUUUUAUCAAUUUAAUUUGUCACAUGUAAUCAAAUAAGUUAAAAAGUAAAAAAAAAAAGUUUAAAAAGAAAUAGUAAUAAAUGUAUGUGUAUGACUGUGGGAGAAACAGGGAGAAAAGGCCGUCAUCAGGCUGUUAGGAUAAUUCUCCCGGCCUUAUUUUUACAGCGCCUGGUGUAAACAUCCUUUAGGCAGAGGAGAGCAGCGCCUCGUGUAUGUUGAGCCAAACCAGUCAUUCUUCGCAGGACUUUGCGGUCCUGUUUGGUGCUGUUUCCACACCUGAAACUCCUGCAGUGGUUCAGGGGUAGAAAUUCCAGCUAUUUCCUUAAGCAUCUAAGGUGAAACAGUAGGUGGGUUUCCGUUAACACCUUUUUUAAUGCACAAUUUUAAUUUGCGCAUUCAAAAACCUGAGUGGAAAUGUAAAAAAAAAAAAAUUGAAAAUAGUGGAAAAAAGUUUUUACUUUUUUAUAUAUUAAUUACUAUGUUUUUAUUGGUUUAUAAUUGCCUGAAAAAACAACUGUGCUUCCAUUACCUUAGAAUGAGCCGCUUAUAUCUACAUACCUGCCGGAUCUUCGACCAUGGAGUCCGCCAUGUUACUCUACAGUAGCCAAGAAUGGCCACACUAAACUCUAGCCCUAGAUAAGGCCAAUGACGUUUUUGCAUCAGUGAUCAUAGUUCUCCGACACAUUUGGCACAGAGGCAAAGGUUUAAUUGGUUGCAAUCUGCAGUCAAGUUUCUCUCCUGCAACCUCAUGACGAGAUACCAAUAAAUCCCACACACUAAACCUUUAACACACUUACAUGCACACGGGACUGUUGACAGAACAACAGCAGAGGCACCUGACCGGAGAAUUAGCUUAUCUUGAUGAACAAACUCAUAAUAUCCGCAUAACAGUUGCAGAUGGAAAAGCGAAUGAAAUAGCAUUUUCUAUCGCCGAUUUUGCCAACUAUUUUCUGCCUUGCCUUUCUCACCGCUGAGUCAGUAUGCAGCACCAAGGUCAGGCCCUCAAUGAUGUGGACACUAAGGUACUUGAAGCUGUGCGCCCUCUUCCCAAAGUCCACUAUCAGCUCCUCUGUCUUGCUGACAUUUGGGACAAAGUUGAUGUCCUGACACCAGAAGGUCAGGUCCUUCACUUUUAUAAUUUUAACAUGUACCAGUUUUUAAAUUGGACUUGGUUUAUUGCACACCUUAUUGCCUCCCUUUAUUGUGUCUGUGGUUGUUACAGCAGAUAAUGCAGCAGCUAAAAGAAUCCGAGCAAACCGCUGUUAAGCAGUAUUUAAACCCAAAUAGUAUCAAUAUAAUACACUAUAUAUUUGAAGUAGCAGGUUUUCAGUAGUAUGGGUAAGUAGAGGAAAAAUCAAUUCCAGGAAAACGUUAGGUUAUCUCAUUAAAGGAGCUUGUUAUGAUAAUCAGUGCAUAUCUAUGAUUCAGAGUCUGAGCAGGGAUUGUCUGCAUACAGCUCUCAACAUGGAGGUGACUGAGUCACUAACAGUGGCACACACAGGGACUAGCAUGCAUACAAAGCCGGACCAUCUCCCACAACGACGGACAGCACAAACACAGCAAAUAGUUGUUAGCUGCUACAUUAAUGUUCGAAAUGUCAUAUGCAGUACCUUUAACCUUUAACCUUAAACUCUUUACUGCCAUAACUGACUGUAAAGCUACCUGCGGUCACUAAGUAAUUUAAUGUCAACAUGCAUGUUACAAAAAUGUGAUAUUUGUCUUUGUAAUGAUUUUUUUUAAGAACCACUGAAAUAUUUUUACCUCUUAUUAGUAGUAGUCAUUGUUAGUGAUUUCACUUUGAACUUGAAGAAGGGAAUUUGAUAAAUAUUUUAAAUUGCCAAAACAGCAAAAAUAAAAUGGGGUUCUCCUUUUUGACAGUGAAA